AUGAAGUGGGGGAAAGGUCUCACCAGCUGUGGCCUGGUUGAUACGGACUAUGCCAGCCACACCACUCUCCUCAGCGACCGGCAAUACCAGGGGCUGACCAUCUCAGUGCUGUUCCUCUACACAGUGUCGUGUCCCCGGAGCCUGGACUGUGCCCUGCAGCGCCGGGAGUUCUGCCCGCCGGGGUCGGGCGCCUGUGGCCCCUGCCUGUCCCCCUUCCAGGAGGACGACCGUGGGCAAUGCGUCCAGAAGCAGCUCUCACCCAGUGGGCGGACGUCCGUUCCCAGCUUGGAGGAAGAAAUCGAUUUUCUGGCGGACGUGCUGGCCAGGCAAGAGGCUCCUCGCCCCCACCCGCUGCGGGAUGGCAAGCCCAGGACCAGCUCGGUCCCUGCCGGCGGCAGACAACACGUGGCCAGUGGGCUGAGAGAGGGGCUUCUGCAGCGGGGUUCUGCCAGCAGCAAGGCAGCCCCCACCCCCUCCACCUCCACCACUGCCGCGGUCCAGAAGUACCCAGUGGAGGCGUCCCCCAUCCCUUCAAAUGACGACAUGGUGCUCGGGCUGAUCGUGGUGUGCACAGCUCCGCGGGAUGAAGGUGGCUGUGCCUGGGGGUGCCACCCGUCGUGGGUGCCAUCGCAGGGAACAGGGAUGCUGCAGAAGGAGGUCAGGCUGGCGCAGAAAGCAGACUACUCAGCACAGCGAGUGGCCAGCCCCCUGCCCUAUGACAAGAUCUCGCCCGGGGACAAGACGCUGGCUCAGAGUGCCCAGAUGUACCACUACCAGCACCAAAAGCAGCAGAUGCUCUCCAUGGAGAAGCAUAAAGAGGAGCCCAAGCUGCCGGACUCAGCGUCGUCUGACGAGGAGAAUGAGGAUGGAGACUUCACUGUGUACGAGUGUCCUGGGCUGGCUCCGGUCCCACUGGGCCAGUGGGCAGGAGCGGGUGCCCUGGUAUGGGUGCCCCAGCACGGGGCCAUUCCCUGGGGAGUGCUGCCCCGUGGCCCCGAGAGUGGAGAGCUGGAGCAGCCCUUGGCAGACCCAACCCGCCGUCCCUGCAGUGCCAGGGACGUGGCCACCUCGGGCUCUUGGGCACUGGGACCGGGAAGCUCGUCCUGGUGCCUCCCCAGCACCUGGACCGGGGACCUGUGA